CUGCAAGCAACAGUGACCCUUUCAUCUCCACAUUGCAUUCCUAGCUAGCUCGGUUCUAUAAGAACAUAUUCACAUUUCUUCUUUUCGAUCAUUAAUUACCACAUUAUAUUCAUACAUCUCAACUACCAAAGUACAUUUCAUUUGUGUCUUCAUAAAUGGCAAAUAGAAGCAGCAGCCUCUUGCUUCUGUUCUUCGUGGUUCUCCGUCUUCUUCUCCGUCUUCCUGCCGCUAAGGCUAUCACUAAAACCUACCAAUUUGAUAUUCAAGUGAAUAAUGUUAGCAGGCUGUGCCAUGCCAAACCUAUCGUGACAGUAAAUGGGAUGUUCCCAGGGCCUACCAUUUAUGCAAGAGAAGGGGACAGGCUUCUUAUAAAUGUCACAAACCAUGCACAAUAUAACAUUUCUAUUCACUGGCACGGCGUGAAACAGUACCGCAACGGUUGGGCAGAUGGACCGGCUUACGUAACACAAUGCCCAAUCAAGACGGGGAAUAGCUAUGUCCAUGACUUCAAUGUAACAGGACAAAGAGGAACCUUGUGGUGGCAUGCCCAUAUUCUUUGGCUAAGGGCAACCGUCUAUGGUGCAAUCGUGAUCAUGCCACAACAAGGAACCCCUUUCCCUUUCCCUCAACCUGACAGAGAAGAAGUUAUUGUGCUCGGAGAAUGGUGGAACGCAGACGUUGAAGCAGUGGAGAAUCAAGGGAACAAAAUGGGGUUACCCCCAAAUAUGUCUGAUGCUCACACGAUCAACGGAAAGCCUGGACCUCUGUUUCCAUGUUCUGAGAAACAUACAUAUGCAAUGGAGGUUGAGCAAGGGAAAACAUACCUUCUGAGGAUAGUCAACGCUGCCCUAAAUGAUGAACUCUUUUUUGCGCUAUCUGACCACAACAUGACAGUGGUAGAGAUAGACGCUGUCUACACUAAACCCUUCUCAACAAAUGCCAUACUCAUCGCCCCAGGCCAGACAACAAACGUGCUCGUCCGUGCCAAUCAAAUCCCAGGCAGGUAUUUCAUGGCUGCGCGGCCCUUCAUGGAUGUUCCAAUAAUUUCGGUAGACAACAAAAGCGCCACCGCCAUAUUCCAAUACAAAGGCAUUCCGAACACAGUCGUUCCAAAACUCCCACUCCUGCCCGCCCCCAACGAUACCGUUUUUACCACAGCUUUCAACAGCAAGCUUAGAAGCUUAAACACUAAAAACUUUCCCGCAAAAGUUCCCUUAAUAGUGGAUAGAAAGAUGUUUUUGACAAUCGGUAUGGGAGCGAAUCCCUGCCCAACCUGCUUCAACAGUUCUAGGUUGACAGCUUCUUUGAACAAUAUUUCAUUUGUGAUGCCCAAAACAGCCCUUCUCCAAGCCCACUACUUUGAUAUGAAGGGCGUGUACACCACGGAUUUCCCAGACAAACCGCCAACUCCAUUUAACUAUACAGGUGCACCAUCAACAGUGAAUCUCAAAAUGGCUCGCGGGACGAGGGUUAGUAAGAUUGCCUUCAACUCCACUAUUGAGUUGGUUUUGCAAGACACUAAUCUUCUAACAGUUGAAUCACACCCUUUCCAUCUCCAUGGCUAUAAUUUCUUUGUUGUCGGAACUGGUAUUGGGAAUUUUGAUCCUGUUAAGGACCCUAAAAAUUAUAACCUCAUUGAUCCUCCAGAAAGAAACACUGUUGGUGUUCCCACGGGUGGUUGGACCGCUAUUCGAUUCAGAGCUGACAAUCCAGGGGUGUGGUUUUUCCACUGUCACUUGGAGAUACACACAAGUUGGGGGCUGAAAACAGCAUUUCUAGUGGAAGAUGGACCGGGUUCAGAUCAAAAGGUUCUGCCUCCGCCAAAGGAUCUUCCACUGUGCUAAUGAUAAAUCAACAACACCUUAUGUACGCCUCAUCAUGAAAAAAAAUCACACAAGGCAUCUUGAUUCUUGAGGUUGAAGAUCCCCAAAUUUGAGACAAAUAUAUCAAAGGUUAUUAUGCAUGUAUGCAGUUAAGGAACAUUGUGAAAAACAAUGUAUUUAAUUUGUAAUUAACUUCAAAUUGUAAUAAAAGCCCUAAAUGAAAAGCAAUUGUUUUCAUCUUUUGAUUUCAGAUUUAUAAAUUGGUAAAUGUGAAAAAUCAUAUUGGUUGCCUGGGUUUAAGUGUAGUAUUUAGGUGUCAGGCAAUAGAAACUUGACACCUGUCCAUUUGAUGGUUUGGGCCUUUGGGGCAACCCGCUAGGUGGUCAUCUGUUUGGACCCAUUUUUUCAUCUAUUCAGUUGUCUAGUUUGGCUUCAGCUGAGGGGUGUGUCAAGUAUCCCAUGUUAAAAUCUGAUGUAUAUAUCACGAGAAACAAGGACUGAGCAAAAAAUGUAAAAGAAGUUUAGGCAAUCAUCCAUUCCACUACUAUAAUUGGUUAGGCAAUAGAAUGUCUAAUAAGUGAUAACACACAAUUCACCUUGAGAACAAUACAACUUUAUAACUAACCAUCUGUAUGAGUUACCUGAGCUUCUUGGCUUCUACCUCUCUCAAAGCAGUGGAACUCAGUUUGUCUAAACUCGAUUCU